GGGGGUCUUCCCGCUGGGCCUGCGGGGCUGACCGGCCCCUGCCACCGCCAGGGCCGCGGCCCGGUGCCCCGCUGCGGGCGGCCGCCGGCCUGACCAUGCCCACGGCCGCGGCCCCCAUCAUAAGCUCGGUGCAGAAGCUGGUUCUGUACGAGACCAGAGCGAGGUACUUCCUAGUUGGGAGCAAUCAUGCAGAAACGAAAUAUCGUGUUUUGAAAAUUGAUAGAACAGAACCAAAAGAUUUGGUCAUAAUUGAUGAUAGGCACGUGUACACUCAGCAGGAAGUGCGGGAGCUUCUUGGCCGCUUGGACCUAGGAAACCGAACGAAGAUGGGACAGAAGGGAUCCUCCGGGUUAUUUCGCGCUGUCUCGGCUUUUGGUAUUGUAGGUUUUGUCAGGUUUCUAGAAGGCUACUAUAUUGUGUUAAUAACUAAACGGAGGAAGAUGGCAGAUAUUGGAGGUCAUGCCAUAUAUAAGAUUGAAGAUACAAAUAUGAUUUAUAUCCCAAAUGACUCUGUACGGAUUACUCAUCCUGAUGAAGCCAGGUAUCUGAGGAUAUUUCAAAAUGUGGAUCUGUCUAGCAAUUUUUACUUCAGUUACAGCUAUGAUUUGUCCCAUUCACUCCAGUAUAACCUUACUGUCUUGCGAAUGCCCCUGGAGAUGUUAAAAUCAGAAACAGCCCAGACUCGCCAGGAGAGCUUUGACAUCUUUGAAGACGAGGGAUUAACUACACAGGGUGGAAGUGGUGUAUUUGGCAUCUCUAGUGAGCCAUAUAUGAAAUAUGUGUGGAAUGGUGAACUUCUGGAUAUAAUUAAAAAUACUGUGCAUCGGGAUUGGCUGUUGUAUAUUAUUCACGGGUUCUGUGGGCAAUCAAAGCUGUUGAUCUAUGGAAGACCAGUGUAUGUUACCCUAAUAGCCAGAAGGUCCAGUAAGUUUGCUGGGACACGUUUUCUCAAGAGAGGUGCAAACUGUGAGGGUGACGUUGCCAAUGAGGUGGAGACGGAGCAGAUCCUCUGCGAUGCAUCCGUGAUGUCUUUCACCGCCGGCAGUUACUCUUCUUACGUGCAGGUUAGAGGAUCAGUUCCCUUAUACUGGUCCCAGGACAUCUCAACCAUGAUGCCUAAGCCGCCUAUUACAUUGGACCAGGCAGACCCCUUCGCCCACGUGGCUGCUCUUCACUUCGACCAGAUGCUGCAGAGGUUUGGCUCUCCCAUCAUCAUCCUGAACUUAGUGAAGGAACGAGAGAAAAGAAAGCAUGAGAGAAUUCUGAGUGAAGAACUUGUCGCGGCUGUCACCUACCUCAACCAGUUCCUGCCUCCUGAGCACACCAUUGUGUAUAUUCCCUGGGACAUGGCCAAGUACACCAAGAGUAAGCUGUGUAACGUUCUCGACCGGCUGAAUGUGAUUGCGGAAAGUGUGGUAAAGAAAACGGGCUUCUUUGUAAACCGCCCUGAUUCUUACUGCAGCAUCUUACGGCCGGAUGAAAAGUGGAAUGAACUAGGAGGGUAUGUGAUCCCCACAGGCCGCCUGCAGACUGGCAUUCUCCGGACUAACUGUGUAGACUGUCUAGAUCGCACCAACACAGCACAGUUUAUGGUGGGAAAAUGUGCUUUGGCUUAUCAGCUCUAUUCCUUGGGAUUGAUUGACAAACCGAAUCUUCAAUUUGAUACAGACGCAGUCAGGUUAUUUGAAGAACUCUAUGAAGACCAUGGUGACACUCUGUCCCUUCAGUAUGGUGGCUCUCAGCUUGUUCAUCGCGUAAAAACCUACAGAAAGAUAGCCCCGUGGACCCAGCACUCCAAAGACAUCAUGCAGACGCUGUCAAGGUAUUACAGCAAUGCCUUCUCAGAUGCUGAUAGACAAGAUUCCAUUAAUCUCUUCCUGGGAGUUUUCCACCCCACAGAAGGGAAGCCUCACCUCUGGGAACUCCCAACAGACUUUUAUUUGCAUCACAAAAAUACCAUGAGGCUUUUACCAACAAGAAGAAGUUACACUUACUGGUGGACACCAGAGGUGAUCCGACAUUUACCAUUGCCUUAUGAUGAAGUUAUCUGUGCUGCCAACUUAAGGAAGUUGACGGUGAAGAAGUUUCACAGAUACGAAGAGGAGAUUGACAUCCACAGUGAGUUCUUCCGGCCGUAUGAACUGAGUAGCUUUGAUGACACAUUUUGCCUGGCUAUGACGAGUUCGGCACGCGACUUUAUGCCUAAGACUAUUGGCAUCGAUCCAAGUCCAUUUACUGUGCGGAAACCUGAUGAAACUGGAAAAUCUGUACUAGGAAACAAGAGCAACAGAGAAGAAACUGUAUUGCAGCGGAAGACAGCAGCCAGCGCCCCACCACCGCCCAGCGAGGAGGCCGUGUCCAGCAGCUCCGAGGACGACUCGGGGACUGACCGGGAGGACGAGGGCUCCGUGUCCCAACGCUCCACUCCCGUGAAGAUGACCGACACGGGAGACAGUGCCAAAGUGACCGAGAAUACAGUCCAGCCCAUGAAAGAGGCCUAUGGAAUCAACCUGUCGGAUAGCCUCUCAGAAGAGGACUUCUCCAUCUAUUCCAGAUUUGUUCAGCUGGGCCAGAGUCAACAUAAACAGGAUAAGAGUAGUCAGCAGCUGUGCCACAGAUGCCCAGAUGCGGUUAUAAAAUUAACUCCCAUCUCAGCUUUCUCAGAAGACAACAUCUAUGAAGUUCAGCCCCCAAGAGUAGACAGAAAAUCUACAGAGAUCUUCCAAGCCCACAUCCAGGCCAGCCAAGGCAUCAUGCAGCCCCUGGGAAAAGAAGACACUGCCAUGUACCGAGAGUACAUCAGAAACCGCUACCUGUGAGGAGAGAGGAGCAUCCCUUGGUGGCCCUGAGGAGGGCUGAGAAAGUCAUGCUGGCUUAGGCUAUAAUCUGUUUUGUCUCAUAUUUAAAAGGUAAUUUCCCUGAAGUCCUUGUCUCUCAAGCUUUCU